GUUGUGUGUUGUGUCGUGUUGUCAACCGAGAAGCUUUUUUUAAAAAAAAAAUGAUGUGAGCUGAUUAUCCUGUUUAUGAUAAGAUAAACCUGCAGUUACGAUGGGUCUAGAGUCGGAUUCCCUAGUGCACACAGUAUGGAAAAGUGAUUUGUAUCGUAUGCAAUUGGAGGCUCCUGUGCCGGUACCAAUAAUAUGUGACGAGGUGCCAUCUGAUUUACCUAGUUAUCUAGGCAGAGAUUACCAUGGAGCAAUUUCUCACGUUGACGCUUCGAACUUGUUGAGCGGUCAACCAAAUGGGGCCUAUCUUGUUAGGAGCAGUAAAUCCGCAAAUGGACAAUUCCAUACUUUAAGUUUGAAGUUCAAUGACAAAAUCCAUCAUUACAAACUCUUCUACGACCCCAAAUCGGGUCUGUAUGUCCGGGAGAAAAGAUACGAUUGUGUUCGAUCACUCGUAGCAGAUGGAUUGGUCACAAUGUACAUAGAUCUCAAGGCUCCAGCCAUUCUUCAGUGUUUGUCCAACGCCAAUUACCAGGAAAGCCCAUACAUGACUUUGAACAAAAGAAAAUUACGGGCCUUAUCCAGAGAAAAUGCAAAGAACAGGAAUUUGUUCAACGAUUCGUACAAUCAAAAUUCACAGUUAGCGCAGCAGAUAUUGGGUCAAACUGUGCCAGAUAAGUUGGAAAAAGCGCACUCUUUCAAGUUGACAACUUUCAAAGGUUUGAACUGGUGUGAGCUGUGUGCGAAUUUCUUGUGGGGUUUUACGCUGCAGGGCAAAAGGUGUGAGGACUGCGGUGUAAUAGCACACGUGAAAUGUUCGGAAAAGUUCGCCAACGACUGCGUGCCGGACUUAAAAUACCUCCGAGGCGUAUUUGGAAUCGAACUGACCACGCUCUUGAGCGCCUACAAAGCAGAACUGCCCUUUGUGGUGACAAAAUGUGUUGCCGAAGUUGAGGCGAGGGGCCUUACGACAGAAGGAAUCUACCGAUUGAGUGGUUUUGCUGAGGAGAUAGAUGCCAUCAAGAUGGCUUUAGACAAAGAUGGAGAAAAGGCCGAUUUGAGUGUAGACAAGUACCCGAAUAUAAAUGUGAUAACAGGCGCCCUCAAGCUCUACCUGAGGAUCCUUCCCGUCCCUCUAAUAACGUUCGAAGUCCAUCCUUUACUGAUCGAUGCAAUACAACACGAUAAAAAAGACCUACAACUGUCGUCCAUCAAACACGCCCUUCUCUCGCUUCCUAAACCGCACUACGACACUCUAAAAUUCAUGAUAGAGCACCUCUACAGGGUCGCUCUGCAUGCACCUAUAAACAAAAUGAAUUCCUCCAACCUUGCGACGGUUUUCGCGCCCACUCUGAUCCACCACCCGCCUAACAUCAUUUGGGACGUGAGGAGCGACAUACUACUGCUCGAAAUCAUGAUCAACAAUUACGAUAAGAUUUUCAUGAAAUAGUUAACUUUAUUCUACUUGCAAUAGAGUAUAUGGUCUUUGUGCUGACGAGCCUCGUAUUCGUUCAAAUUGUUUUAUCGCAAAGUUACAAAUUCAAUUUUAUGCAAUUAUAACUGAUCUCUUUUUAAUUGAUGACUGUAGAUAAUUGAUUGAAUGAAUGUAAAUAUGUACAGGAUGUUAAAAAAGUGCUAGGCCAGAAUUUAAUGGCAGACUUUACAAUUAACCAAAUAAGUUCUCUUAAGUGUAAUGUCCAAAAACAGUUUGUUUUCGCAAUAUCGAGUGUUAAAAUUUGAAAAACAUUUUUUUUUAUAAUUACAAGAAAAUUUAAUUCAAAUGUGGAAUUAGUUUAUUACUUAUCCACAAAUGUAUGUAUGGAGUGAUCCAAAACUGGUGUUAUUACAGGAAAAUGGAAAGAAUAACUAGGAAAAAGCAAGCAUUUGAAUUUAAAUUCCGUCUUGUAAAUUUAUCAAACAUUCUUUUUUUUAAUUUAUAUAUUUUUCUCAACAAUUUUUACUAAAAAAGUUUUUUGAUAUCUCUUCCUGUUUAAUAGAUACAAAAUGAUGUGUAUAGAGAAAUAUUUUGGUUUGAUCAAGUCUGUUACUGAUUUUAUUAGUAUUGCAAUUGUUUGUUUCAGUUCAGCAGUUCUGCUAAUUUUGAAUUUUUGCAAGAGUCUAAAUAAUAAUAUCUACUUUUUCAGUGACUAUUAAUAAAUUAGUAAUAAACGCGAAAAUAAUUAAAACCUAUCAGUAAUUAAAUAAACAUUGAAACUAUCUUAUUUUCCACGGCAACACAGGCUUGUAUCACAUUUAAGCGUGACACCCUGUAUAAUCUUUCUCCAUAAAAUUUGUUAGGAAAAAAAAAACACGACACAUAUAUUGUAAAAAGUAGGUAUUUAUGAGUUGGGGAAGAAUAAUUUCGAUGACAUCACAGUGGUAAACUUAUCAAGACGAAAUUUCAUGUCAAACACUUAUAUCAUAAAAAUCCCUAUUUGUGGUUUCUUUUUUGAUCUUUCCGUUUUCCUGUAAUGGCAGCCAACCAUCAGUUUUAGGACCUCCUGAAAUUGCCAUACUUUUUUUUUUUACAUACAGAGUCAUAGUUUCAAGGGUAGACUUUUACUUGCAAUCUUAAUUUUCAAUUCCGGACACAAUUCUAGGAACUUUUUUUUAAUUAUAAUGAAUCCACCAUUAAAUUGUGACAAAGCAUUUUUCAUACUCUGUAUAUUUUACAUUUAAUAAUGAUCCAUAAAACAAAACUUAGAAUCAAACUAUUUUCUAAAAUAAUCAAAUGUCUAAUAUAUUUCAUGAAUUCCCAUAUUUUAAACUUUUCAAAACAUAUCAAAAAUCAUUAGUGCAAUAUGCUUGUUAUUGGAAGUGCGCCUACAUUUUUCAAGAUUAUCUAAAAAAAUUCCUUUGUGUACAUUCCGUAUUUUGCAUAUUAUUGGCUAUUUUAUUAGAAUUUUAAACUUUAAUUGUCAUUGUAAUUUGAAGAAAGUUUAAAUUUUUAUUAUUGGCAGACGAAGCACUAGGCACUUGUAGUUAAAUUUUAACAACAAACUAAAAUUGUUUUCCAAUUUUUUUAGUUCAGUAUUAUAUAUUUUAUCCUAAAAGUUAAUCCAUUAUUUAGGAAUAUUUAGAUGAGCGAUAUGAGCGUAUGGUCUCGAAAUUUUAAAAAGUUAUAUUAGAGGUCGUUUGUGAUAAUUUAUCAUUAUUGACGGGCAUGUAAAGUUGGCAGUUUAUUUUUUACUUCGUUGGUAAUUUUACUAAUGCAAUAUUUUUUUUGCAAAAAAUGUUUAGGAUUAUUGUGCAACUUUUUCUAGAGGUUAUUUUUGAAUCUCAGUUUUUAUAUUUGUUGCAGUCAUUUAAAAUAAUUUGGCUUUACAAGAAUUUUGCGGAAUGGAAUUGCACAAAAAUAAUUAGAUUUUUUUAGAGACUGAUCCCUUUAGUGUUCUUUAGUUUUUUUUUUUUUUGUAAAAAUUGUAAAAUUCCAUUUUCAUGUGUGAUCUAAAUUAGUUUUCUAUGUGAUAUUUUCCAAAAAGUAAGCGAUUAUUUGUAUUUGCAGAUAGUUAUUUACUUUUUUCUUGAAGUUUUUAUGUUAUACAUAUAUUUUAUGACUUCAACUUUAGCGUUGUGUAAAUUUGCUUUUAUGCAGUCAUGUUUGGGUCAUGCUGCGUUGGAAGUACAAUUCUUAUCAUCAGCAAACUUACACGAAGGUUAUCUUGUUCAUAGGAAUAUAGUAUUCUAUUUAUUUUAAUAUAUUAUUAAAUUUUCUAAAAGGUAUUGGUAUUUGAAAUACCUGUAUUCAUUUUAGUAUUAAGAAGUUUUGUAAUUUUAUAUCAGAAAUAUAUUUAGUGAUUUUUAGAAUA